UAUCCUCUAAAGACGAGCGUUUAUUUGAACGUGAACACAUUGAACCUCGUUUUGGUGAGCAGAUGGCAGUAUUAAUGUCAGUUCGUUUGCGGUUGAUGAAUUAAGAAGAGGAGCUCAACUCUGUCGUUUGUUAGUACACUGCCCAGUUCAAGUUGCGCGUGCGGUGCAUGUGUGUAGUUGGAACGAACAAUAUCGAGCUCCACCAGAACAAAUAUUUUAGGAUGCCGUCAUGGAACAAUAUGUGCGGCUUUACGGCAAGCUCCUGAUGUCCACCUGCCGCCAGACGAUAAGCGUGAAUAACUGUUGUCUUUUAUAUACCUGAUGCAUUUGUCAUGUUUUAACUUGUAGUUAUUUUAUUUUGGCGUCUCGCCUUGAAUUUGAAGAAAGUGCAUGGUGGAUUUGGUGAUGUCCAGAUGACACUGCAUCAGGUCAGACAGUGAUGCAAACGCAUUUAUUACAAACCGAUAGUUUUAAUCAAUUGGUGAAAUACGGCUGGAUUCUACACUGUUGCAUUGGAAGCUGACAGAAGAAUAGGAAGUCUUUGUUUGCGAACAUUGUUCAUCUAAAAAGAGGAUUAAAGACAACACUGAUUUGGGUGUCCUGACACAAACGAAAAUCCAGAUUCAACCAUGGCAAAUGACUCCAUCCAAAGUGAUCCCGGUGGGUUGUCGGUUCUAGAGCAGCUGGGCUUGGACCACAGCUCUGAUUUCUCCGACUCCAGUGUACAGCAGCGAUUGGAUGAACUGCGAGAGCGAAUCCGUAGAGAAAUCCGGAAGGAGCUGAAGAUUAAAGAGGGAGCAGAAAAUCUCCGCAGAGCCACUACAGAUAAACGCAAUGUCCAGCAGGUGGAGAGUCAGUUACGGAGCUCCAACCGACGCCUGGACUCACUCCACGAUCAGCUACAGGAGCUGGAUGCUUACAUUGUUGUCAAAGGGACGGAUGAUUCACGUGAUGAACCUCCUCAGUCUCCAGGAGCAGAGAGCCGUUCGUCGGCACAUAAUGACAGAAUUGCUGCACUGGAAAGGCAGCUAAACAUUGAGCUAAAAAUGAAACAAGGUGCUGAAAAUAUGAUUCCCAUCUAUGCCAACGGCUCCACCAAGGAUAAGAAGAUGUUGCAGACCGCGCAGCAGAUGCUGCAGGACAGUAAGACGAAGAUUGACAUCAUCCGCAUGCAGAUUCGGAAAGCAGUGCAGGCCUUUGAGCACAAUGAUGAUUCACUGGGAAAGCCUGAUCAAUGUGGUAUGGAGCUCCGUAUUGAGGAGCUCAGGCAUCAUUACCGUGUGGAGCACGCUGUCGCUGAAGGAGCUAAAAACGUCCUUAGACUGCUGGGAGCCAGUAAAGUACAAGACAAGAAGGCCAUGUCAGAGGCUCAGUGUCGUCUGAGCGAGUCAUCUCAGAGGUUGGAUCUGUUGAGAGAUUCAUUAGACCGACGGUUAGCAGACCUUCCUGAAGAUCAUCCCAAAGCAUCUGUGAUUAAAGAGGAGCUGGUGUUGGCCUCAUCACCUACAUUCAGCUCCCGCCACAGUGCCCCCUACCUGCACAACCAGUACAGCACCCUCUCCAAGCCUUCUCCCCUCACUGGCACUCUUCAGGUGACGCUUCUGGGCUGCAUGGGUGUGUUGGAGGUAGUUCCUGGGCGUUCCCGCAGCAGCCAGGUUGUGUUACCGUGUUACAGUCCUGGUGAAGGACGGUUCUUUAUGCGGAGUGGAAAAGGCCUGUACAGUCGCAGCGGCAGUGUUAGCGGAAAAACACCCCCCAAAUCAGAUGAUAUCUCCUCGGAGGUGAGCGCAGUGCUGAAGCUGGAUAACUCGGUCGUGGGUCAGACAGUGUGGAAGACGGUUGGAGAACAGGGCUGGGACCAGACCUUCACUGUAGAACUGGAGAGAUCCAGAGAGAUGGAGAUCGCAGUGUACUGGAGAGACUACCGGUCUCUGUGUGCAUUGAAAUUUCUCAAGCUGGAGGAUUUCCUGGACAACCAGAAACACAGAGUCCAGCUCGAGCUGGAACCACAGGGUCUGCUGUUGGCAGAGGUCACAUUUUUUAACCCUGUGAUCGAGAGGGUUCCACGACUAAAACGACAGAAGAAAGUUUUCUCUAAGCAACAGGGUAAAGCGUUCUUGCGAGCUCGACAGAUGAAUGUUGAUAUCGGGACAUGGGUGAGAUUGCUUAGGAAUGCCAUACCAACAGUCAACAACACAGGAACCUACAGCCCUCACACACACACUGCACAGACAGGAGAUAUAUCAGUGGAGAAGUUGAGUUUAGACUGUGAGUCUCCCACAAAGGUGGAAAUCCAGCCAGAUGUGACAGACACGAACACCCCGGAACAACAAUCGGUCACUGAGCCCCUCUCUCCUCCUGACCUAACCACGCCUGAGCGACCAAACAGAACACAAUCACUGAGCAGUAAGCAAAAGAAGACUGCUUUGAGCCUGCAGGAUUUCCGGCUAAUUGCUGUUCUUGGCAGAGGCCAUUUUGGAAAGGUGCUGUUGGCAGAAUAUAAGAAGUCAGGCAGUAUGUAUGCCAUUAAAGCUCUGAAAAAAGGAGACAUUGUGGCCAGAGAUGAAGUAGAAAGUUUGAUGUGUGAGAAGCGUAUUUUCGACACCGUGAACAGCGCACGGCAUCCUUUCCUCGUGAACCUGUUUGCAUGUUUCCAGACUCCAGAACAUGUGUGUUUUGUCAUGGAGUAUACGGCAGGUGGUGACCUUAUGAUGCACAUACAUUCAGACGUCUUCACUGAGCAACGGGCUGUGUUCUAUGCUGCUUGCGUGGUUUUAGGACUUCAGUUUUUACAUGACAACAAGAUUGUGUACAGAGAUCUGAAAUUGGACAAUUUGCUGCUCGACACAGAAGGUUAUGUUAAGAUCGCUGACUUUGGAUUGUGUAAAGAAGGUAUGGGUUAUGGGGAUCGGACCAGUACUUUUUGUGGAACCCCAGAGUUUCUGGCUCCAGAGGUUCUGACCGACACGUCAUACACACGAGCAGUGGACUGGUGGGGACUUGGAGUGCUUAUAUAUGAGAUGCUAGUGGGAGAGUCCCCAUUUCCAGGUGAUGAUGAAGAGGAAGUUUUUGACAGUAUAGUGAAUGAUGAAGUUCGAUACCCACGUUUCCUUUCUUCUGAGGCCAUUGGCAUCAUGAGGAGGUUACUAAGGAGAAAUCCAGAGAGAAGACUGGGCUCCAGUGAGAAGGAUGCAGAGGAUAUAAAGAAACAACCUUUCUUCAGGAAUAUGGACUGGGAGGCUCUUCUCCUCCGUAAACUCCCUCCUCCCUUCCUUCCCUCUAUCGGAGGAAAAGAGGACGUCAGCAACUUUGAUGAAGAAUUCACAACAGAAGCUCCGAGUCUCACUCCACCCCGUGAACCCCGGGUGCUCUCACGCAAGGAUCAGGACUGCUUCCGUGAUUUUGACUAUGUCUCUGACCUCUGCUGAGAGCGUGUUCACUGUGAUAUUGCCAUAGAGAGACAUUUCUGCUCCGUGACUCGGUGACGAUGAAGAGUGGCCAAUAUGGAUGUUGCAUAUGAAUUCUGAAUCUGCUGGACCUGUGAACACUGUGAUGUUCAGGAGAGAUUAAGAGAAGACUGAAAAAGAGAUCAAGAAGUUUAGGAUUAGAAAGAGAAAGGAAGAAGAAUUUAAGUCAUGUCAGGUUGUUUUUUGCCAUUUAAGCAUAAGCCUUAAAUCAAAAGAUUUUAAAGAUCAUGAGGAACAUAAAUGCAGUUAAAUGUAUCCAAAUGUUGAUUGGUAGCGUACAUUUCCUUUCAUUCUUACAGUAAUGAAAGAAAUGGUCACAGUUAAAGGGAUGUUCAUCAAUGUAUGGAAAAACAAAAGAUGCCUUUAAAGUGAAUGGUGACGAAAGCCCAAAGUAAACUUUGGUUAGACGUGAAUGCUAGGUGUCUGCACACAGGAUGCGGGAUGCAAGUUUCGUCCUAUGGCGAUCCAGCACUGAAGGUUUGAACCUUGCAUGUGCUGAACAUGCAGUUUGCGCAUGUGCCUGGAAUUAUUUGCACUAAUUUGUGGGUCCACAAGGUGGCAGCACUCACAGUUGAGCUGUUACUUUAACGAAGAAGCAUUAGAAAAAGAUGUAAUUGAUGCUAAACAUCAGGAAACAAAGGUAGAAGACAACAACAGUGGAUGUGCACAUCAAGAGCACUUGUGUUAGGAGGUCAAGUGAUACCUGCAUUUGUAGAACUCGUGUCUGAAGGAAUAUAAAGACUUCUUUAUGGGUCUGAACUCCUGAAGAGAAAUAGUCCGGUGUCUCGUAACAGUCGUAGCGUGCAUGCGCACACAGUCAUACGAAGUACAUUUUUAAAUACUAGCAUUGGACUGUACACACAUGCUAAGUGAUCGUGUUAUAACCGAAGUAUACUUUGAGCUUAAACAUUCUGCUGAACAUCUCCUUUUGUUUUCCUCGGAAGAUGAACGACCAACUGGCAACAACAACAAAAGAUCUUUCUCCAUCCACACUUCCCUUUUUCAGAUGUUCUCCGUUCAAAAUGGACAUUACUGUUACUCCGUAUUGUCUCCGUUGGCCUGAUUAGGAACAGGAACCCAAAGGAAUGUGUUUAAGAGAUGAUUUUCUGCAUACACUGAGAGCAAAGCUUAUUUAAAUAGACUAAUUUAUGUUUGAACAUGAAUGUGUACCUGCUCUUGGUGUGUCCUGUGGUCAAGGCAUUAAACUUAUUAAGGGUUGUUUGCUUUGGGUUUGUCAUGUCAAAAUAAGUCAAGCAUAUUGAACUUCAGGGGAACAGUCCAAUAAACUGCUUGGUCUCCACCCAUUAAGUGCACUUUGAGGAAGGUUUACGGUUCGUGGAAAUAUUAGAAAAACAAAUGAACCUCUCAUAUUAAGGUCGGUUUGAAAAAUAUGCCUUAAAAUAGUGUUGGUCAUGAUUUGUAUUCAUCUUGUUAAUCUUUUGACUUCACUAAAGGAGGCAAAGAGCAGAAGACUUAAAUCUUGGUUGGAACUGAACAUUACAAAAUUGUUAGAAUAUUUAUGUAAUUUAUAAUAAUGAAAAUUCUCUCAUCAUUUACUCACCCUCAUGGCAUCCCAGAUGUGUAUGACUUUCCUCUGCAGAACACAAACAUAUUUUUAGAAGAAUAUCUCAGCUCUGUAGGUCCUCAAAAUGUAAGUGAAUGGUGGCCAGUUUUUUAAGCUCCAAAAAGCACAAAGGCAGUAUAAAAUUAAUCCACAAGACUCAAGUGAUUAAAUCCAUGUCCGCUAAAGUGAAAUGAUAGGUGUUGGUGAGAAACUGAGCAAUAUUAUAGUCCUAUUUACUGUAAAUCUACACUUUCACAUUCAGCCACCUACUGGUUGGGGCUGGUCAAAGGUUGAGAUUGAAAAAGAAAAGAAAAAAAGGACUUAAUAUUGAUCUGUCACCCAUCUGUAUUUAACCACUAGUGUUGUAUGGAAUACUUUUAUGCUGCUUUUAUGUCUCUAAAGUUCUGGUCACCAUUUACUUGCAUUGUGUGGACCUUCAGAGCUGAAAUAUUCUUCAAAAAAAUAUUUGUUUGUGAUCAGCAGAAGAAAGUCAUACACAUCUGGGAUGGCAUGAGGGUGAGUAAAUGAUGAAGAAUUUUUAUUUUUGGGUGCGCUAUCUCGAAGUAGGAGAGUAUUAUUUACGGCAUAAGUAGGUGUUUCGCAAAAGUAUUUGUAAAAGUGGAAUAUGCUUAUCAAGACUGUCAAGAAAUGUCUGUUUAAUUCAGAGGAAAUGUGAGAUCUGUGGAAACUCAGAUGACCUUUUGAAUGAUUGUUGUGAGGAAGAAUGUGAUUGGAUGAACAUUUUAAUAUUUUAACAAGCUAAAAAAAUUAUUGUAAGAUUUACGGAUUUUAAUUUCAUUACAUUCCAUCAAAUUGAAUUGUGUAAAAGAAAAAAGAAAACGUAUUAAAAAAAAAAAAGUUUAUUUAAUUUAGUUACAUUUAACACAAUUCAAUUUAAUGGAAUUUUAGAAACUGAAAUGCGUAAAUCUUAAAAAUAGGCAAAACGUAAUUUUUUUUUAGUGAUUAAUUUUAUUUAAUUUUUUUUAGUCAUCACUGAAAGUUCAUUUGCAAACAUUGUUAGAUGCUUUGAUACAUUUGACCAAAUGGGUAUAAAACCUCUUCUCGUUGAAAGACUUCAUGGCCUCAGAUUGACUACAAGUGUUUGUCUCCAUUUAUACACAUUAUUUAAAUAGAUUUAAUAUUACUUGUUGGAUUUACUUUGUUUAUUUUAGGCAUGAUUUGCAUCAAUGACGAUUAGUGACUGUUCAGCAAAGAAAUGGACUGUGCUGGUUCCUGUUUCACACCCAUUAUUACCUCUGAGCUAUUCUGAUGCCUUAAAAACAUCAGUUUAUGAAUUUGAUAUUGGAUUGUUUGUGCAUAUGAACUCAAAGACCAUGCCAUGUCUGUUACAAAUGCAUAUGGACAAAGCCAAAAAACAAAACAUUCACACACACACACUUGAAUAAGUCUUAUGUGCUUUAACAAUGGAAAUCUGAUCCUCCCUUUCCUGUUAAUGGAAUAUGUGUCUGACUGCAGAUUAAUGUGUGUUCUGUACGAUUAUACAAUUCAUAAAAUAUGUUACACGAGUUCUAUAAAGCUGUAGUUAAAAUGA